AUGACAUCGAGGGCUAACUUGAACGGGGAGCACGGACCACCGCGGCGCCCACCGCCCGCACAUGCACAGUCCCACCACCAACACUACAACCCAACGACGUCGGCUAACUUGAACGGGGAGCACGGACCACCGCGGCGCCCACCGCCAGCACAUGCACAGCCCCACCACCAACACUACUACCCAACGACGUCGGCUAACUUGAACGGGGAGCACGGACCGCCGCGGCGCCCACCGCCAGCACAAACCCACCACCAACACUACUACCCAACGACGUCUUCCUCCGCCUCUUUCAAAGGUUGCUGCUGCUGCCUCUUCCUCUUGUUCUCCUUCUUGGCCCUCCUAAUCCUGGCUGUCGUUUUGGUCAUCAUCUUGGCCGUCAAACCCAAGAAGCCCUCCUUCGAUCUCCAACAGGUCGGCGUCCAGUACAUGGGCAUCAACACGCCCACUCCCUCCACCGUCGCCGCCGCAGAAACCAACCCCUCAACGAACCCCACCACCUCCGCCUCCCUUUCACUCAACAUACGGAUGCUCUUCACGGCGGUGAAUCCCAACAGGGUCGGUAUCAAGUACGGCGAGUCCAAGUUCACCGUCAUGUAUCGCGGGAUCCCGCUGGGAAAAGCUUCCGUCCCCGGGUUCUUCCAGGAGGCCCACAGUGUCAGACAAGUGGAGGCCACCAUUGCCGUUGACCGUGUCAACCUGCUCCAAGCCGACGCUGCCGAUUUAGUCAGGGACGCUUCCUUGAACGACCGCGUCGAGCUCAGGGUCUUGGGUGACGUCGGCGCUAAGAUCCGCGUCUUGAACUUCGAUUCCCCCGGUGUUCAGGUAUCGGUGGACUGUGCAAUAGUGAUAAGUCCAAGGAAGCAGUCUCUCACUUACAAGCAGUGCGGUUUUGACGGUUUGAGUGUCUAAAGAAGGCACUCAGCUCACCUUACCUUAACAGUAACAAGUUCUUCCUCCCCUUCUCCUUUCUCUCACUUUUUGGAUUGUUUUUUUUUUUGUAUUUUCUAUCACAAUUAGAGAGGAAGAUGGGAAAGGCUGGAAACAACCUCUCGCAUGGGAUGGAAUAGUUCCUAAAGCAAAGGCAGCUGAAUUUUACAAAAUUACCACAAAAAACAAAGAAAAAAAGAAAGAAAAAGCUUCCCCAAAGAUUUUUGCAGGAAAGAAUUUCAAAAAUUGGUAUGUUAAGUUUGAUGAGGGAGAGUUUGGUAAGUGCGUGUAAAUUGUAAAUGUAAAAGUGUGGAAUUUGAGGGCAUUUAAAACUUGCACAACAUCAUCAUCAUCUUAUGUUGCCGCUCCACCACCGCCAUUGUUAAUCUUCCUCUGAAUUCUUUAUGUUCGCGCCCCCAAUGGUUUAAAGGCUUAAUUAUUGAUGGGCUUGUAUACAAAUUACAAUUACUGUCUUAAGUGCAGUCAUUUCAUACCAGCUUUAAUA